AAGCCGAAGUCCUGGUUUCGGAUGACCCAGGAGAAGAGGACAUUGGAGGGUAGGAAGCGGAAAUCAAGGCACACUUCAGCGCAGCCCCUUCUCCCAGGGCAGCGACCCCACCACCGCGAUCCCUAAUCAGUUGUCAGCAGUAGCCAGCAGAGCUUUGCUGGCGCUAAAGAAGGCACGUGGGAAAGGCGGGAGUGAGGAGCAGGCACGUGGUCCAGGCUUCUCAGCCCCGUGCAUGCCCCCCGCCCCCCGUGAGGAGGGUUUUGGGAAGGUAGGGACCAGUGCUCAAAGCUUGGGGCGCGAGCUCGCAACCGGAGCUGUCCCCGGGACUUAGUGCUGAAGUAGUCGCUGACGAACCAGGCGCCUGGUGCGGUGGCCAGAGAAGACCAUGGCGUUCAUGGUGAAGUCCAUGGUGGGUGGCCAGCUGAAGAACCUCACCGGUAGCCUGGGGGGCGGCGAGGACAAGGGGGACGGAGACAAGUCUGCAGCCGAAGCACAGGGCAUGAGCCGAGAAGAGUAUGAGGAGUAUCAGAAGCAACUGGUGGAGGAGAAGAUGGAGCGAGACGCACAGUUCACACAGAGGAAGGCAGAACGGGCCACGCUACGGAGUCACUUCAGGGACAAAUACCGUCUGCCCAAGAAUGAGACGGAUGAAAGCCAGAUCCAGCUGGCAGGCGGAGAUGUGGAACUGCCUCGGGAGCUAGCCAAGAUGAUCGAGGAGGACACGGAGGAAGAGGAAGAUAAGGCCUCUGUGCUUGGGCAGCUGGCCAGCCUCCCUGGCUUGGACCUCAGCUCACUCAAGGACAAGGCCCAGACUACGCUAGGGGACCUCAAGCAAUCAGCUGAGAAGUGCCAUAUCAUGUGACCGCUUCCCCUGGGUUUGCCUCUAGGAUGGCCAGAGGGUCGGUCCCAUGUGAGGGCUAAGAGAGUGAGUGUCUCAACUUCCAGAUACCUCCAGUCCAUUUGGGCUCUGUUUUCCCUGCCCCAGCCUAGCCUCAGAGCCUUCUCAUCCAUGUCCAGCUGUCCAGCUCUCUCUCUCUCUCUCUCUCUCUCUCUCUCUCUCUCUCUCUCUCUCUCUAGCAAAGUUCCUAUUCUUCCCUCUCUCCCUCUGCUGCCUGGAAAGUUUCCCAAGUUGAUAGAAUUAGCCCAACCCUCUCUGGGUACAGCCCCCUGUUCUUCACACAAGAGCACUCACAGAAAGACACAGAAGCCCCGGCUCGUUUGCCACAGAUGCAUCCUGGCACACACAGACACACAUCCCUUGGAUUCCCAGCCCCUCCAGAUACCAGCACUCAGAUGCUUAGGCGAGCCUCUGGGCACACAGAAGACCUGUUCUUAUCCCUCCCUCCCUUCGUAAUCCUAGAAGCUUUUGCUCUUUCCGAGUUUUAUCUUAUCAUCUGUAAAAUGGGAAUGGACUGAGUGAUUUCCAAAAUUCUGUCCCGAUUGGCAUUCCUGGCCACUCAGGACAGAGCCCACAUCCCUUCUUGGGCAGGGCAGCAGCUGCAGUCACAGCAUCACACAGCUGCCACUGUGGGUUCUGGGAACUGAGCAAUGCUGUGUGAGGGGCAGAGUGCCAGGUAUGGAACUGGCACUGAACAGUAGCUCCAGACCUCCUCUGGGCCCAGGGCUGAGCCAAAUUUUGUUCUGUUCCUGUAGAAGUCUCUGUAGUCCAUAGUUGGAAUUUCCUCUUCUUGUUCAGCAAAAAAUAAAAAUUCCAAAUGACGUGGCUAUCUUCCCACUUCCUGCUGACCUGGGGUUCACAGGCCCCAGGCCUGCCCUUUGAGGGGUAUCAUCUGCCUCUUCACCUGCAGCUUCAGGGGGUCCUAGGUGAAGAACGGGGGCUUCUGUGGGGCUCUCUAGUGACAGCCCUUGUAAGAGUGCCUCUCAGGGUGGCAGGUGAAGGGGGUCUCACUGAGGGAGCAGAUGCCCUUUGGGCUGGAUGAAGUUCAGUCUGAGCACCAAGAGUGAGGAGGAUGUGGCAGGAGGCAGCUGAAUGGAGAGGUAUACGGGAAGAUGGAGCCUUAGGGUGUUUCCUGAGAUCAGAGAAGGGGCUGUCUCUAACACUGGUCCUGUACUUUCCCCUCACCUCAGAGAUGGAGCGUGAAACAGAGAAGAAAGGGUGAUUGUGCCCCAGCCUGGCUCUGUGUGUGUACUUCAGUAGGUCCCUGAGCCUGCGUUCCUCUUGGUAAAAUGAACAGUUCUCUUCCCCAAGAAUAAUAACAUGUAUUUCAAAGAGUGGCCAUUUGUCCCUGCCCCCUCCUCCUCCUGGCAGUGCUGGGGACUCAGGGCCUCACACACUGCAUACUAAGGCAAGUGGUCUGCCACUCAGCCUCACCCACGGCCCCUGAGAAUGACGCUUAUCAGCUGUGGUAACACAUUCUUUAAAGUAACAGAGGCGGAGGCACCAGCAGUCAUGCUACACUGAGUGAGACCUGCUGGUGAAGACAGUGUUAGUCCCACCUCGCAGGGAGGUGGCCUGAGGUGGUAAGCUGGUGCCCUCAAAGUUUGUGUUUGUGUUUAUGCAGUGAAUUAGUUUCAGUCAGAUUUCUUCUCUUUGUGUCCCUCCCUCCCUCCUUCCUUCUCACCUCCCUUCCUCCUUCUCUCCAUCUCUCUCUCUGUGUUAGUUGGUAUUAUUGUCAUUUUGUUUUCUUCCAGACAGAAUCUUGUGUAGCUCAGGCUAGCCUCAAACUCCUAGGUAGGCAGGGAUGAUCUUGGACUUCUUUUUUUUUUUUUUUCGGAGCUGGGGACCGAACCCAGGGCCUUGCGCUUCCUAGGUAAGCGCUCUACCACUGAGCUAAAUCCCCAGCCCCGAUCUUGGACUUCUAACCAUCUUGCCUCAACUUCCCAGGUACUCUGAUUACAGGAACGGAUCAUCACACCUAGUUUCAGCUGUGCUUGAAACCUAGCCAAGAGCUUUGUGCGUGUUAGGCACCAACUGGCUGCAUUCUCACCUGUGUUUGGUGGGGUUUUAAAUUUAAUUUUAUUAUUUUAUGUAUAUGAAUGUUUGCCUGCACACUGUUAUGUAUUUGCACAUGUGUGCCUGGUGACCAAGGAGGUCAGAAGAGGGGGUCAGAUAUCCCUGUGCCUGGAGUUACAGACGGUUUUGAGUUGCCAUGUGGGUGCUGGGAAUUGAAUUUGUGUCUGGAAAAGCACUGAGCAUUCUCUCCAGCCCCUUUGUGUUAGAAAUGGGAUCUCACUACAUAGCCCAAGCUAGCCUCCCAAGGGCUAGGAUUACAGAUGUACAACAGCACUACAUGUGACUUUAAUGAGGAAUAAAAGGAAAAAAAUGUUUUUUUUUCUUUUUUUCGGAGCUGGGGACCAAACCCAGGGCCUUGCGCUUACUAGGCAAGCGCUCUACCACUGAGCUAAAUCCCCAACCCAAAAUGUUUUUUCCU